AUGGCCUUUCCCUUCUUGAUUUGCUUUUACUGCCUGGUGCAGCUCAUCUCCGGACAGAGCACAAAGCCUGUCGACUACAGCAAUCGCUUCAUCUGGCCCCCUCUCCCAGGCCCACCGGCGAACCUAGACGGCACAGCUUUCUACGAGAAUCCCAACAUUGAAUACGGAAAACCGCAAAGUCGUCCCUUCACAUUCAUCACUUCCAUGGCAUCGACCACCAUCUACAUGUACCAGGAGCAGAGUCCGGCGCUUGCCAAGUUUCACCUAAUUAGAGACUGCGAGCCGAACAACGCAGGCAAUUCCACCACUCUGCAUUACUGGGAUGGCAACAUUGGCGAUAUCGACGUCGAGCUCACCAACGUGGCGUUCCUCAUUGCCUACGAAUGCGACGAUAUCGGCUCGCCCAAGUUCUUCUCACACUACUUCAACCUCACCCGGGCAGCGUCGCUGUCGACCAGUGCCACACUGGCGACAACGGUUCCAACGGCGGGUCCAUCUGGCACGGGCACACUGACCGGCCCUUCGACAGUAGUACCCACAGCGUCUGUCCCGACCGAUGCGAACAACUCGGCGGCAUCGAAUACAGCUGCGCUUGCCGGUGGUAUUGGCGGAGGCAUUGGAGGAGCACUGCUCCUUAUCGCAGCCGGUUUCGCGUUCUGGAAAUACCGCCAGAGAGGCAAAGAGCAGCAGCAACAGGCUCCACCAGCGUACGGUUAUCCAAGUCAUGAUCAAUCCAGUGCUGGAGGAACUUUAAGGUCCAUGACUACAUCACCCGCGUACAAUGCCUACGGCCCUCCAUACCAAUACAAUCCUAAUCCAUGGAAUCAGCAAGCUUUCCUGGACGGCACGAAUCCCUCGGCGGCAUACAACUACAAGAAUGAUCAUUCGGGACCGCCGCCCGCCCAGGCUUCAAUGAACCCCGUCGAGCUCGCAGGAGAUAAUCACCCUGGUUUCGCCCUUUCUUGGAAACACUAA